AUGGUGAGCUACGGCCAAGAUACCUCGUACACAUUGUUUGUCAAUGUCCAGUCGGCGCAAGAGUUGUCGACAUCGGCGAACGCAGCUUUCUGCACGACGUUCUUGUGGAAUACCUCGUCCCCUGGUGGCCCCGCAAAAUCGACAUCCAAGCCUAAGUACACAAGCUUCAGCCGCCUUCGCGACGAUGAGAACUUCGACUGGAGUGAGGAACUGCAACUCGAUGGGACGAAUCCGCAGUCGGAAGUGUUCACUGUCCGCGUGAAAGACUCGAGUGACACACUGGUGGGGAGUUGCAACGUCUACCUGGCACACCUACAUCCAGAACAACCUCUGGACCAGUGGUUCCGGCUUCACCCUGCCGGGCAUAUUCACUUAAAGUUGGAACUGAGACCCAAGCAGCGGCCUAUUCCAAUCCCCGUGCCCAGUCCUCCGUAUUCCAUGAACGAGCCGUCUCUUCCGUCCGAUAUUGCCAUGAUGCUGGAGCUUCAGAAGCAGGCGCAGCUCAACACGAUGGCCAUGGUUAACGAGCAUCUCAGACAGCAGCAACAAGCGAUGAAAUACUUCAUGCCCUUCGGUGUCCCUGCGCCUCAGUCAAAUCUCAACAAAAUGAUUGGAACCGCCGCCACCAUUGCCGCCGGCAUGCAGGGCGAGGAAGUCGGCACUAGCGGGUUAGGCACGAUAGCCUCUAUCGGCCUUGGUGCUCUCGGCCUUGGACCCUUCGGAGCUUUCUUUGGGGCGUAAGUUGCGGGAAAUUCCCACCUUCAAGUUGUUCAAAUGCACAUGCACGCACCUAAUUACCCGAGAAUAACAAUACUAAUUCAAGCAUCACUUGAUGGAAAC